AUGGCCACCGUUAAGAAUAUACAAAAUAAUAAAACGGAUGAUCUUAAGACCUUAAAUGUAGACAUUGACAAUCUCCAAGACAAAAAAGUCAAUGGGAAUGAACGGGAUUUAAACUUAAACGGAGAUUCUAAAGGUGACGGAAGGGAAGAAGUUAUUACUGAAAUAGAUGACACUUCAGCUGAUGUGCCGAUGACCACAAGUAACAAUGAGGUAGAAUUGAGUGAAACUCCGACACAUGAAAAUGAAGAAAUAAAUGAAAAAUCUCUAAACGGUUUCAAUAGCUCAGACUUAGUUCAAAAUGAUAUUAUGGAAAUUGAUGAAAGUAAAGAAACAUUAGAAGAAGAUUACUUAGAAGAUGACAUAAUAAGUAUUGUUGAAGAACCCAGAACAGAAGUAACUGAAAAUGUAAUUUUCGAGACACAUGAUGUAACUGUCAAAGAUGAGGUUGAUGAUGGUAAAAAAGAACUUAUAAAAAUCGAGGAAAUUGCUGUAGUUGAUGUAAUUAAAGAUGAAGAAGAAGUUAAAGUAGAAGCCGAAUCUAACCCUGAACAAAGUGUAAAAGAUGUAGAACUACAAACGCCGAUAGAGGAAAAUGAUACUGAUCAUGUCAUGUCAGAAAGUCAAGAAACGUGUCCCAUUCAGGGCAAAAAGGAAACACACAAAUUAACAACGCAAGAGGAAGACGAAGUGAUAAUUGAGAAAACAGAUUCAGUCAGUGUUCAAAAUGAAUCUUCAAUUGUAUCAUCAUUGAAUGGCAAUGAUAAAAUUGAUGUUAUUGAUGAGUCAGACAGUUCCCACGUUCCAAUUAAUGAAAUAAAUGAAACAGAAUCAGUAAAAACUACAGAAAACAAUGAAAUAGUAGGAGUUAUUCUAGAGGCAAAUCAUUCUCUCGCCUGUGAAAAAAAUAUAGUGUCACCAACAGAACAAUCAAAAGAAGAUGAAAUUCAAGUAGUAGAAGAAACUAAAAUUACCCCGGCAAUAAUAGAAGAUGAAAAUGGUCAUAUUGACAUUGCAGAAGAGACAGAAGGACAUUCUAUACAAAGCAAUAAUAUAAUAGACAUAGAAAUUCAGAAAGAGACUGAAAGUACGAAACAUAUAACAGAUACACUAGUUUCGCCUUCUAGUGAAACUCAUGAUAUUGAAAUCAUUGAAGAUUUAAAUAAAGCUGGGGAUCAAGAUAAAAACGAAACGGAAUCAUAUAAAGAAGUAAAAGAAACCGAGAAUACUAUAGAGCCUGAGGAAAAUGUAAAUACUGAAAAGACGUGUGAAACUUCAAAAUGUGAGUCUGAUGUACAAGAAUCAAAUACAAACGCAAUUAAUACUCAUAUUGAUAAACCAUUUAUGGAAGUAGAAAAAAUAACAGAAGUUGCUGCAAUCGCGGCAGAACCUAAAAGCAGUAAUAAAGAUGAUACGGACGUGAAUCGCUCCACCCCUGUUAAUGUUACCACUGUAAAUAUCAUAGACAAACCCAUUAUUUGUAAAUUAUCUAAUACACUUGAUAUUUUAUCUGAUGAUGAUGAAGAUCCUCCUCAAAUGAGCUUUGAGAAGACGAAACCUCCAAAGGUCGACUCACCAAAACCUCCAAAAGACGCAAAUAAUAAAUGUAUUGAUCUCGAAGAUGAUGAUGAUAUCAUGGUAAUUGAUGAAGAUGCAGACAAGACUGAAACCAAAUCACCUGAAGAUACUGAAGUAAAUAAAGAAACCACUGUACAAACGGAUACAAAUACAGAUUUAGGAAAUGAUGAGAAAACUGGACAAGAAACUGUAUUUGAGUCACACGAUAAGGAAGAAACCACCACACCCUCGGCCGCAGGCAAGGAUUUAAAUAUGGAAAUUGAUAUUAGGGAGAAAACUCCUGAGUCUGAAAUUAACAAAGAUCAGCCCCUGCCGCCUCUGAUCCCAGGUAAUUUUGUGAAAACUGCCAAAAAGAAACUAUCUGAUAUGACAAGGGAUGACCUAGAAGAAUUCUGCAUAUUGAAAAUAGUAGAAGGCAUAGUUGACCGGAGCAAUUUAAAUGAUAUACAGAAUAAAUUGAAAUCUAUGACACACGGUCUCGACGAGUAUAGAAAGAAAGUUAUGAUGCUUGCAAAGCAGAACAGAGAUCUUCAACUAGUUUUAAAAUCUGUACAAGAGGAACAGAAGAAAGGCAGUGGUGGCACGCCAAUAGCACCUCUGAAGAUAACCCGUUCUGUAGGCAUGCAAGUAUAUAUGGAGAAGAUACCCCCUCGAAAGAAAGGACAACUGCAGAAUAGUAACAACAAAAACUUAAAUAAUACUCAGAAUAAAAACUUGAUGCCCUUAGGUCAAGGUAUUCGCUCACAAAAACAAGUUAGCCAGUCCACGACCAUACCAGUUCCGAGACUUGUCCCUGCAAGUAACCCUGCAUUGAAAACUCCUAACACUAUACCUCAGAUCAAUCAAAUGAACACCACCCCUGUUAAGAACAUCAAUCCACCAAACGGAAUAAUUAAAACCCCUUCGCCUGCUAUGAGAGCGGAAAAAAGACAGCACAAUAAAGUGGCAUCAUCAAUGACAGUGGAUUUGACCGAUGAUGAACCUCCAACAAAAAUGCCCGGCGGACCUAAAACUUCGCCAGUCCCGCCGGUUAGAUUAGUACCACCACAAAACUUAAUGGGACCCCAGCGGCAACCAUUUGCUACUAACGUAAACAGUCCGAGGAAAGUGUACAUCCCCAUUAGUGGACCACAGAAUCAAGCUUUGAGGCCGGGACAAACUAUUAUGUUAAAAACAGUUCCAGCAUCGGGUAUAAGGCCGAGAACACCUCAAGUAGCGAGAGGUGACCCUAAUGCAGCGAGAAUGGCCAGAAUAGCACCUAGACACCCAGCGCCUUUACCAUGUGCUAUGAAACAGUACCAGCCACCGAAUUGGAAAUCGUUACCUCCAGCACCAGACCUCAAACUAUCUAAAGUGGAAAAUGGCAUAGUCAUAUCAUGGAAAAUAGAGAGCUCACUAGAAGAUAGUUACGAAGAAAUCGCUAGCUAUCAGCUAUAUGCCUAUCAGGAGACCUCACAGCCACCUAGUACGUCACUGUGGAAAAAAAUUGGAGAUGUUAAAGCUUUACCUUUGCCAAUGGCUUGUACAUUGACCCAAUUUAUGGCUGGCUUCAAAUACUAUUUCGCUGUGAGGGCCGUUGACAUUAGAUCUCGUUUCGGUCCCUUCAGCUUACCCGGUAGUAUACUUCUCCUAAAUAAAAAUAUAUAA